GAAAACUUCCACCCACAGUUCCAUCCUGAUAGGUGAACACUGGAGGUGCCUGCCCAACUUUUCCCCUCUAUUCAGCCGCCUCUGAAUACCCAGCCCUCAAGCAUCACUUCCAGGACCUAAGAUGAGUUCUCAAAGGCAGAUGGCUGCCCUCCCAUGCCUGAGCCUGUUUCUGCUUCUCUGGAGCCAGGUGCCAGGGGCCCAGGGCCAAGAAUUCCAAUUUGGGCCCUGCCGAGUGCAGGGGGUAGAUCUCCAGGAACUGUCAAAGGCCUUCUGGACCAUCAGGGAUGCUGUGCAAGCUCAGGAUCACAUCACGAGUGUCCGGCUGCUGCGGAAGGAGGUUUUGCAGAACGUCUCGGACACUGAAAGCUGUUACCUCCUACAUGCCCUGCUGAAGUUUUACUUGAAUACUGUUUUCAAAAACUACUACAAUAAGGCAGUUGAAUUCAGGAUCCUGAAGUCGUUCUCUACUCUGGCCAACAACUUGAUUGUCAUCUUGUCAAAGCUGCAACCCAGCGAGGAAAAUGAGACCUUUUCUAUCAGUGGGAGCGCACGCCGGCGAUUUCUGCUGUUCCAGAGAGCAUUUCAACAGUUGGACAUAGAAGCAGCUCUGACCAAAGCCUUUGGGGAAAUGGACAUUCUCUUGGCAUGGAUGGAGAAAUUCUACCAGCUCUGAAUAUCUAGACCAGGACACUCUUCUUAGCUCCUUGUCAUUUCAAAUGGCCCUCCCUUCCUUGCUUGUCCUAUCCAUGGCCCCGGCUUGUC